GCUCAUCCAGCUUCGGAUUUGGAGUGCGUUUCGUGAAGAACAAAAUAAAAUGAUCGUGCCACUAUAUACAGUGGCCAAGGAUGCGGGCGAUUGGAUUUUGAUCAUAUUCCACAUUAGCUUGGCAUCGUCUUCGACGAUCGCCAACUCCCUCUUGAUUCUGGCCAUCGUGAGCUCGGCGAAGCUCCGGAAGAGGAACAACUUCCUCUACACGCUGAGCAUCACCAUCACGGACCUAAUCGUCGGAUGCGGCUGGUUCUACAACGGGACCUACUUGGUGCUGGAGAGCCUCUCCGGCGGAUAUGACGCCCCAGGACUCUUCCCAAUGUUCCACGGAAUCUCGCUGCUGACCCUGAUGGCAGCCAUGGUGGACAGGUACUACGCCGUGCAGUACCCGUUCGACUACACGAAGAACAUGACUCGAACCAAAGUGCUGGCGAUCAUCACCGCCACAUGGCUCUUGUCCGUCGCCAACACCGUGAUCAAAACGGAGAUCCCGAAAUGGGCCGUGUUCAUUUACCACUCUUACUGCUCGCUGCUCGGUAGUAUCGUGCUGGUGUUCGUGAUGGCCUGCCUCAACGUGCACCUUUACCUGGUGACCAAGCGGCAGCUCAGUCGCGAGAAACAAACCGACGGCGAGGCCAAGAGGUCGUCGCACCUCAUUAUCAUCACGUCCGUGAUGUUCAUAUUUCUCUGGACGCCCAGCCUCAUGUACUGCGGCUUCUGCUUUUACAUGGGACUGUGCUACGGCAUCCCUUACAAUGCCGUCCAGCCUUACAACAUCCUUCGGGUCAUCAACACGCUCACGACGCCCAUCGUAUUCCUGUGUGGAAGUCCGCUGACGAGGGACUUCGCUCAAGAAUAUCUGGGAUCGUGUGACCUGCAAAAGUGCCAAAGUGGAGCCAGAUGACAUCAAUUCACCCGUUGUGUACGUGAACCACUGAAGACACCACGACCGUAGCCUCUGGCUACCUUCGGAUCGUGACACUCAGAUAUCGGGGGAGCUGCACUUCAAGGAAGAUUAAUGUAAUUCGUUGAUAUGAGCAUGGUGAGGAAAACAAUGGUACGGACUUUAUAUACGAAUAUUAUUGCGAGUAAAAGAUAGAGAAUAUUUGCUGAAAGAGCACUUUGAAAAGAGUGUAUAUUUAAACAGUUAUCACUCAUUAACCCAGCUCGGUUGUGAAAUUUCCAUGUUCGACUGUAGUGCACAUGGUAAAUGUAUUUAAGUGCAAAAAAACAUUAACCAAAGUACAUUCAGAAUUUACACCAUAACUGAGGGGCGUCUUGGGAACAAACAAGUUGGCAACCCACACGUGUUUUUGAAAGAUAACUGAGGCGACCUUCAUU